AUGCUGGUGAUCCUGUGGGACCCUGACACGCUCCUCCACAAAACCGUCGAGUUGUUAGGCUCCAACCUCAUCCCUGCCUUGGAAUCACCGGAACGUCUUGAAGCAAUCCUGAAAGCUCUUCAUCACUCUGAAUAUGGGACUUACACCAAGCAAAUCAGCUCUGUGAGGGAAGGCCCAAAUCCCCGACUUCUGAGACUCACCUCAGAAACCCACGGCCUCGAAUAUUUACAGCAUCUACGAGAUGUAUAUGAGGAGUGGCUCUCGGCGGGUCUGAUAGAGAAAGAUGGUCAUGUGUUGCCGGAGUGUUUUGUGUUCCCCACUUCCACGAGGAAGCCGCUACGUGCACCUAAGGACCCCUUCGCAAGAGCAGGGUAUUAUGCCUUUGAUAUGAGCAGUGGCAUCAUGUCAGAGAGUUAUCGAGCCAUAGUAGCAUCGGCGAACCUCGCAUGUGAGGGGACAGACAUGCUUUCUAGCUUUGACAAUGGGCUUCCCAACGACAUUGAUACUGUCGUCGCCCUAUGUCGGCCUCCAGGGCAUCACUGUGAUGGCCAACGAGCAGGUGGCUACUGUUACAUCAACAACGCUGCUUUAGCGGUGAGCUCAUGGCGUUCGCAUCAGCCUAAUGCGCAAAUUGGAAUCCUGGACAUCGACUUCCACCAUGGCAAUGGCACACAGGAGAUUUUUUACGCCGACGCCAAAGUUCUGUAUGUGAGUAUCCACGGCAAAGAUGAGUUUCCGUAUUACACCGGCGAGGAAGACGAGACGGGGAUAGGCGAGGGACAGAAUAUGACCGUUAACCUUCCGCUCAAAGUCGGCAGUUCAAUUGAAGAGUAUCUGACGAAACUUGAUUACGGUUUGAAGAAACUGGUGGAGUUCAAGACUGAGUUCUUAAUUGUGAGUCUGGGAUUUGACACGUUCCACGCCGACCCUUUAGGGCAUUUUCAGAUCCAUACAGAUGAUUAUGAGACUAUUGCAAGGGCAACGAGGCAGGUGCUGAAGACAGUUCCAGCUCUUGUUCUUCUUGAGGGGGGGUAUGUCAUCGAGCAUCUCGGAGCAAACAUGUUGUCCUUUCUCAAAGGAUGGAACUCUGCCUGA